CAGUAUUCGGUCUGCUGUUCCGGUGCCGGUGGUUCACUAGUCAGUUGUUCGUGAGCCGUCUUGGCGGGCUCACAGGAGGCGGCGCGCGCCGGGCCUGCCGCGUCGGUCGGCCUUGUUCGGGCCGAUCCGCUUCGCCCGAUCCAUAUCCGAAAAGGUCAUUAGUGGAGUAGCGGAAGUGAAUACAAGGGUAGGGCCUAUACAAUAUUUUUGGUGGGGAGGGGUUGGAACGGAGGGUGGGGGAAGAACGAAAAAGCGAGAGAAAGGAGAUGGCAAGAGAUUUUCAACCGGGUCGAUCGAAGCGAAAGAAAUCGAACAACAAUAGAAAGAGUAUUAUUUGUUCGUGCUGUGACUGUGCAUUGUUAACAAACGUAUUAAGUACGUGUGUUUGCGUUUUGUGUUGUUUAUCGGCAGUUUUCGAUAUUUAAAGUACCGGAGUUGCGCUGCGCCGUGGUGGGGAGGACCGGCUGCUCGCAGUCUCUCCCCUCCAUCCUUCGCGAUCCCCCCACACGCUCGCCGACCAGUCGUUCCGCUAAAGAUCGCAUCGAAGACGCGGCAAAAGGCGGUGCAACGUGUUGCGUCAUGAGGGACGUGACGUCACACUUAGGGUGAAGCAAAAAUGGCGGAGUGCUCGUAUGCUCGUUGCGUUCAGGAGCGCCGAGCAAUCAAAAAAGAGCUGCAAAGAUGGACGAAGAAUAUGGUUUUCGUUGUAGGUUUAGAAAGGGUUGCUGAAGAGUUGAUGGGAAGAAGAAAAUGGAGACAAUACCAAGAUGUAUUUUUAAGAAGUCGCCUUACUGCGGAGGCUGAACCAGAGACUUCAGAUUGGGAGCCACAAGACAAGUGCUGCUUCUGCGAUGGAGGCUCAUUUUUAGGCUCAGCUCCAAGUCCUGCAUCAGACAGUGGCAGCAGUACGAAUAGUCGAAGUAGUUGCCGGGAGACCCCACCUGCAUCAUCUGAUGGUCAGUCAUCUUCUGCAGCUCAUGUAUCUUUGUCUCCAUCAACAAUGACUACCCUUGAGUCCGUCACCUCAAUAACAGCAUCACUAGCAGCUGUUGCUGCUCUGAGUGUCAAUUCUACAAAUGUGUCCUCCGCCAGUUCAGGAGCCAGUGCAAACCCCUCUUCGGCGGCCAUGUCCAUCUUUCCUCCUACAACCCCACACACAGGACUGUUUCCACAUUGGUACAUGUCCCCUCCACCUCCACAUCUGGCUCCCAAUCUAUCGUUAGACAGAGUUCCACCUGCAUCCAAACAAGAAUCGCCCAUACCUGCAAUGGUGAUGUCGUUACCAGCGUCAACUGCAUCAGAGCAGCCUCUUGACCUCAGUGCCAAGGCCUCGUCCUGCAUGACUCCACCAGUUGACAACAGUACAGUCCUGUGUGCAAGGAGCCCCACGCCCGACCCAUCUUUGAAGGUGCCAAGUGUUAUCGACAAACACAUCUUCAAGGCAAAACCUCGAAUGAGUGCUGUAGCUGGUCGCAGGCAAUACACUGAAGAAGAACUUCAAGCUGCUUUACGUGAUAUUCAAAGCGGCAAACUGGGCACAAGACGAGCAGCAGUCAUCUACGGCAUCCCCCGAUCAACCCUACGUAACAAAGUUUACAAACUUGCCAUGGAACGUGAGCGGGACAUGCAACUGAACCCCAUUGCCUUAGUAGACAAGGCUUUGUUACCACCAGUUGUGGCCCUGAAAGAUGAAGAAGAUGGUAAGGAAGAGGAUGAAGACGAGAAGGAGCUUUCUGGUGCUGAAGAGGAAAGAGAAGUGGAGAAGGCGCUUCGCAAACCCCUUCUAUCAAUGGAAGAUCUUGUAAGGUUUUCUAUGCUGGAAGGAAUGACAGCAGAGUCUUUGCGAGCUUUGUUGCAACAUGGGAAGUUCCUGGAGGACAAACGAGGUAUCAUAGAAAGAGAUGAUGGAACACCAUCACCAACACUUCCUACUUUUCCAAGCACUGCUGAUUUUUGGCAAAACUUGGAACACAGUGCAUUAGGUCCCUUUAUAUCACAAAUGUUGGCAAACAGUGGAGGACAAAAUAGAGAUUUAUCAUCUGUCAUUGGGAACAAAAAUCCAGAAGGAGGAAUUUCCACAACUCCUAGAGAAAAUAGCCCAACCAAUAUAGCAAAUGACUUCCUUCCCAAAUUCUCUUCUCCUCUCCUUCCAGAACUCGUUCGUCGAAUGAUGGCAGAAGAUGAGCAAGUGAGGAAGUCCAGAACAGUUGCGCAUUCAGCUGAAGUAAACUUUUUAGUGAAUGGUGCUCAUUCUGAUGAAAACUUCAGUAAACCGGAAGAAAAGGGAAAGGUGGGGAAGCCAUUGGGGCUCCUCUCUCCGUCUGUGAUAACCCGAUCAGAUAUGAGCAGAGCUGAAGCUGAGGAGUCAUCGGAUGCAGAUGCAUCUGCAACGAGUGGACCUUCUGGAAUGGCCACCCCACCCAAUGUGAUACUGAAAAUUCCGUCCUUCAAACCAACUUCAAAGAAUGGAGUGGCUGCGUCUGGAACACCAGGCCUGCCUUCAGAGACAUUGCCAUUCACGCAUGGUGCGUUUGCACACUCCAGCUUAACACCAGAGUCUAGUCAUCAUUUGUCCAUGUCUGUACCGCUGGGAAGUGGAGGUUCAAGGAGUAACCAUAGCGAUUCAUGUUCUCCUCCCAUACCCAAUUUGUCUGGAAAAGGGAUAGGGGUCAGUCUGCGAGAUGUUAUAGCCAAAAGUAUCAGCCAGAAGUUUCAGCAGCAAGGUGCUGAUAUAUCUCAUUUACCUCUGUCCCAGAAACUUCUCUUACCUGGAGAUGGAGGUGAUCAGCCUCCCUAUAAACGUGGCCGUUUUACACCACCUGUUGGCUGCAACCCAUCAGCAAUAGCUGCUUCAGUCAUCAAGCAUAACAAUAACAAUACUCAUUCCGAUGACAAAAAUAAAACUAACACACCUUCAUCCAAACCUGCCACAAGUGGUACCAGUACCAGCACUACCACAUCAGGGGGCAAAGGUACUAGACCCAAACGUGGCAAGUAUAGAAAUUAUGACAGAGAUAGUUUAGUAGAAGCAGUUCGCGCUGUACAGAGAGGCGAAAUGAGUGUACACAGAGCUGGAUCAUACUAUGGCGUGCCCCAUUCAACCCUUGAAUACAAGGUGAAGGAGAGGCAUUUAAUGAGGCCCAGAAAGCGAGAUCAGAAGGCACAAAUGGAUGGGGUGAAACCAAAAGAGGAAAACAUCAAAAACACUCCUCCUGCAACAACAGCUUCUGUUGCAGUAACUCCAUCUAUUACAGUUGCUGCAACAGACAAGUUGAAGACUCCUCCAAAACCUCAUAAGCCUUCUUUCACACCAAGUUCCCCCUUACCUACUGCACCAAAUGGUUUGAAAAUUCCCCCUUUGUUUGAUCCUAGCUUAUCUCAUCUAGCUUAUACAACACCGCCUCCCUUUCCUUUCUGGCCACCUUCUCCCUUCCAUGCUUCUCUCCCAUUGCCGGACUUCGCUCGUUCUGGGAGUGCAAGCAGUGGUUUCAAUCCUGGUUCAGAGCACUUCUUUGCAUCUCAAAUGAUGCAACGGUUGCAAGAGGAGUCUUCACGAGUACAUGGGAAUUCCAGCCCAGGUGUCUCGUCUGCUGUUCGAAGUCCUCCUGUUGUGAAUCCUAGUAACACAUUGGGAAAAAGUGCACGAGAGAUGGCAGAGAGCCUCUAUGAUGGCACUGGAGCAAAUGGGAGCUUCUUAGAUGGCAUAAUUCGAUCAAGUUUAGAAAUGGGACUUCCUCCAGGAACACUAAAGGAUGGUGUAAAUAAUGCAACUAGUGAAAAAAUUACAGCCCCUGAAAAUCUAUCCAAUAAAGCACUUCUGGACCAACUGUGUCGAAACAGCCGUCUUGCACCUCUUCCCCGACCUAGUACACAGAGUCACAACAGCUCAGACGAUGAAUCGCUGAAGCAGCCUUCCGAAUGUGGUAGCACCAGGUCUACAGCUGAAGUGUGUUCUGCAGCUGUGGUGGAUCUCUCUUCAGCAACAAGUAGCCAGACAGAAGGAGAAAAGAAACCUGUUGUGGAAGAGGUGGGUCUUAAAUCACCAAAACCUGACAACACCAAGGAGAAAUCAUCAGAUGAUGAAGAUGAUGUAAAACCACUUUCUUCAAAAGAAGCAAAUGGAUUAAGUAAUCUUAAAGAUGAUCCAAAUGACAAUGUAAGUGCCUGUGAUAGUAUGUCUAAUUUAAAGAGAGUGAGUGAUAUUGAUGCUGCCAAAGACUUACAGCAAGAAGAAGGGGGAUCUGAUGACCCAGAAACACAGGAGGAUACCAAAUCAAAUAAGAUCAACUCAUAAAGAGACUGAUUCAUUCUGUUCUAGUAACUGUUAAUUAGCAUGUUAUAUACAUAGUAGGAAGCAAGAUGUUAUGUGACAGAAUUUUAUUAUAUUAUAUUUAAGGUGUACCUUAUUUUUAAUCAUAUUGCUGUACUGAUUUUUGUAGGUGUUGAAUGUUGUAAUUUUGUCAACUGGGUUGUUUUUCCUUUUCCUAUACAUAGUAACUUUUUUAAGGAUGUUCUUUUGUGUAAAAAAAAAUUGUACACCUUUGCAAUUUUUUCUCUCUCUCUACUUCCCAGUUGAAUGGGAAAAUAAUUUUUCUUCCUUCAUACUUUUUAAUGAUAUUAUCUCUCUGUACUCUUUUUGAGGUUGACAAUCGUAAUGUUGCCAAAGCUAAGAAAUGUGGAAUGCCCUUAUAUUUAUGGAAUUCGAUAAUAAUUUAUCUCUUUUAUAUAUAUAGUAAGGGUGUUUUAAAAAGAAAUUGUUGGAAAACUUAACUGUAUACAUUCGUGGUCACUUUUUUAAGAUAAUAUAUAUUAUUUUUUUUAAAUCCAACCAAAAACGUUCUGUGGAGUUUUCCCAAGAUAUUUAUCAAAGCAGUUUCUUUUGUCCUUGUCAGAACUAUUCUCAAUGUAAAAAUUAAUAUAUACUCGUGUGUGUCAUUUUUCAAAAUUGUGUGUUUACUAAAAUGGAAUGCAUGCCAACAUUUUUUAUGAUAAUGUUAUUCUGAUUGAUGUGGAUGCAUUUGCGUUUGUUUUUCAUUCCGGUUGCUUGACUGUUUGUAUUUUGUUCAAGUGUUUGAAAAUUUGACUAUUUCAAAUUAAGCAUAGUAGAAAUGGGAUGUUCAAGUGAGAGCAUUUAACUUGCCUUGUAUUUCGAUUUAUUUCAUUUACAACAAAAAGACUACACAAGUAUGGAAAAACACAUACAAUGCAAAAUUUGAGACUGAGUAGUUAAGUGUACCGAUUUUAGAUAUGUUGUGAUACUGGAUCAGAUGAUUGUUCGGAAAUAUUCUGGUAUUCUCAAAACUAGGUUGAUUGUUCCAUUCACUUCAAAAUUUCUCCCUGUAAAAGUUAAACAUAUUUGAUAAGGAAAUUUUACGUUUAAGAAAUAUUGUAUUUGACUAAUUAACUUUAAAUAAUUGGAUUUUGUUUGGUUUGUUAAUUUGAAUUUUGUCUAGUCACAAGUUUGUUUUCAAAUUUGCCAAACACUGUUUGUUGUGGGAUGCGUUGAUAAAUAUAUAUAGAUAUUAUAGAUACAUAGUAUAUUUUGUUUGUCGUUGCACUAAUGAUUGCAUUGAUAUUGUGGAAACAACUAGUCUGAAGAAACUGACUUAUGUAGUGGUCACUUUUUAAAAAGAGAAAUGAUUCACUAUUUUUAUAUUGCCAGCUGGAGCUGUUAAAUGUUAAAUUGUCAUGAAAUCUCUACUCUGAUCAGAUCAGAAUAUUUUCAGAACUCCUUGUUGUAGUAACUGUAUUAUUAUGGUCUUAAACAUCUAAUGUAGUCCAUAUUAAAAGAGGAGUUUUGGUUCUAAAUUUUUAUCAGAAAGUUUAUGUACUGUUUUAUUUGUGUCUAUGCUAAGAAUGUGAUUAAUUAAAGACUUUAUUUGUUUUUACUGUUUUUGUUCUAGAAGAAAUUUAUUUUUUAGAUGUUUUCAUUUAUGACUAGGAAAUAAAAAUUAGGAAGUGAGUACAUUUUUGUAGGUGUGUAGCUAGAUCUCAUUUUUAAAUUUAUUUUUGGGGUUAAUAUGUUUCAUGGUCUAAAAGGCCAAAGCUGAAUUGUCAAUUAUUAAAAUGAGAUAUAUGCCAGACAGUUCUAGAGUUUUAUCAUCAAUGCCUUUCUCAAUAGUGCUUGUGAAUUAAAAUGAUGCAUCAGUAUUGGAUAUUAGUUCAGAGUUGUUAAAUAUACUCUGUUGGGAUAUGGAGUGUAUUUUCACUCCUUUGAUUGUUUAGGACAGCUUCCUAAGUGAGUUUUGGUCCAAGAGCCAGAGUGGCUUGCCUUAUAGUUUCUAUGUAAAUGAAUUGAAAUUAUCUGCUCUCACUUGAAUUUCUGUGUUAGAAAUUAUGAAUAUUACUAAACUAAUGUCUUUCUUAAAAAUAUACAUUAUAUAUGACAGACUGCUUUGAUGUUCAAUAAAAUGUUUUAAAAAAUAAUUGUAAAAAAGGAAAAAAAGAAUCUUGGGAUUCUCCAAGAAUUUUACUUGUCUGUGAUGAAGCCAAAUUUUGAAUGUAUAUUUUCUCUAUCAAUAUCUUAUAUAAUAUACUAGACUAGUUUAUAUAAUGAAGAAAAACUUGGAUUUUUUGUUUGACAAUUGAAGUGCAAUUAGAAAUGGUAUGACCUUAAUAUAUACAUACUGUGCGUAUAUAUAUUUACAAUUUAUAUAUGUUCAGCAAAAUGAAGUUAUUUUGAAACUAAAAGAAUAGCAUCAGAUCAAAGUGCAUCAACAGCAGCAGAAACAGAAUCCGACCACUAACUUUUAAUUACAACUACAGUAUACUUUCAGUACAGCAGUUGACAUGGAAGUUUCUGAAUGAAAGUGUCAUGGCUUUCUGUAAAGAAAUCCUACUUAAAAAAAGUAGCAUACCUUUAAUUUUAUGCUCAUAGUGCAACAGUUUAGCAGAAUGUAUGUUGUUUCUCGUUAGGAAAAGGUUUCUGAUACACUUAGUACCAUGUGAAAACUGCACUAUAAUAUAUUUUCUGCAUUUAGGUAAAUGUUGGAAAUUAAUUAUGCCUACAUAAACACACUCCUGUACAUUCAUGUUUGAGUUGGAUUUCCUUACAAAAGUGUUGACACAUUUGGAUAUUUUAGUUCUUAAUACAACAGUUUUUCAAGAACAAACAGACCGGAAGAGGACUAGUUUGGUUUUUCAAUCAUCCAGCCUUUUCACAUCAUUGUACAGUUGCAAACAUCUCCAUGAUGUUUCCAUAGCAUUACUGGACACCCCCUUGCAUGCCCUCCCUUCUCCAUAAAGCAGAAAGAGAACAAUUUUUAAACAUUCCAACAGAUAAUGUUCCAGAGUUUUUCUGAGAAGAAAAGUUGCGAUCUCAAGCCAGUAAUUUUUAAAGAUGCAAUGUAUGAACUGUGUACAUGUGAACUGAUUAGGAAGAACAGGCAGAUGAUCCGACGCAUUUUUGCGUUAUGUACUGUUUUAGUGAUUAAAUAGUGAAUUGGAAGCAGAGCUUCCAUCAAGCUUUAUUAUUAUAAUAUGCUGAAGAGCAUUUCUGAAAUGUUCCAGAAGAUUUUUUUUUAAUAUAUAUGUGAGAUGAACUUUCGUCUCGUGUGUGGUAGGAAACGUUCUAUAGUGCAAUGCUAUGAAGAUGUUGAAAUUAAGUUCUUUUUUAUUGUGGUGUAAAGAAUCUUCGCUUGGUUUUGUGUUGAUAUUGUGAUAUUUUUCAUAUAUUAAAAACUUUUUAAGUGAAUUUAUAAUAACUCGUGUGAAGUGUUUUAACUUGAAUAUUUUUCUCGAAAGCACUUUCUUUACCCCAACAUUGUUUGAUUUCCACAAAAGUAUAAGACUGGCAUUAGAUUAACAUCAUUGUUCAAUUGAUCAAUUUUUUUUAUUUCUUAUUUUUUUUAAUUUUUGGUUUCUUGAUUUGUAUUUCAUUAAAGCUCAGCAGCAACUAAAAAAGAUAGGUGACCAAGGAAUACAUAUACAAGUCAGUGGAUAUUUGUCGUAUUUCAGCUUCCCAGUUUACAUUCAUAUUGCCUUUGUGAUGUAAAUGUCCAUAGCCCUGUAUAAAUAACUUUAUAACCUGUAUAUAUGUUGAUAUUUUGAACUUGUGUAGUUUGAGAUGAAUUUGUGUGAAUGUUUGUAUUUGCUUCUCAACCAAACACACAUAAGUCAUAAUUGAGUUGCUGAAAAACAAUAUUCUGUGUCUUGCAUUCUGUAGAAUCUGUCAGUAAACUGGGAAUCUAUAAAAUAAUAAUAAUAUUAAUAGUAAUUUUUAAAAAAAUUAAAUACGUUAAGUUACCUUUGUAAUGUCACAAUCGUGUGUGGUAGUGACUUAACAUAUGUUCAGUGGUUAUGUAAAAUUCAUUUUGAUGAUUUUUACACAACUUAGUUGUGUGCAUUGGAUCUAGACUCUGGUCACUAGUUGUUGCUGAGAUAGAUUAUAAAUAGAGAUAGUGUGAUUGGGGUGAUUCACAUGUCAUUAUCACAUUAUGUUACAUAUUGUCUGUUUCAUUCCUUUACAGAUCUAAUGUAGAUGCCUUUUAAGUAUAAGAUUACAGUACACGAAUUAACUUUGUACAUUGAUAUCAUACAAAAUACUUGUGUUCAAGCCCUCUUUCUGAAGCCAGACAAGUUGUGGAAAAGGGGGGCUUUAUAUAGAUAUAAUCCGUCUACCCCUGUUAAUUCAAUAUAUGCCCAUUACAAUAUAGUUUUCCCCUGUUGAAUGCACUAUGAAGUUAGUGGAGUGCUCCUUAGUUUAAUGUGCAUAUUACUGCAUCGUACAUUUUUUAAACAGAACAUUAUAGUACUACUUGUAUAUUAUCAUAUUAUAAUUUGCAAUUUUCUGUGUUGUCUCCUUUCCCCAUAAAUUGGAAUCAUUGUUUUACACAACAUAGGAAGCUGCUUUCAAACUCCAAACUAUUUUAUUUUUUUCCCUCCGGUUAUUGCAUAUUACCAUUACCCAUUAUAAUAGUACCAUUAAGCUGUUUGUUGUUUUUUCUCUUUCACUCUGAGGAAAUUUUGAAACAGAGUUAUUUAUGUACACUGGUAUAGACAUGUUGUUAGUGAUAUGAUACAGCUUGGUAUUAUUUGAUAGGAAAAUGUUGAAAGCAUAUGGGAUUUUCUAUUUUUUAUCACACAAUAUCCCAGAUAUCAUUUCAUGCUGUUGUAUGCAUAGUACAUUAAAAAUAAUGGAUUUGCAGGUAUCAACAUGCCAGUGUAUUAGAGUUGGUAUAUUUUCCAUUGAAUCUGAUUUCAAUUUUCCCCCAGAUAGGUUGUAAAGGUAUAAUACAUCAGUUAUGGAAAAUAAAAUGUGAACUGCAAAUGACCUUGUAUCAUAUUUAAUAAAUUUCUGACAUUUUCAGCAAACCCAUAAUCUAAAUGAAGCUUGAGAAUUACAGUAACAUAUCAUUUUCAUCUGCAGAAUCCAUAACUAGAAAGAACUUUCAGGGUCACUGCAAUAUUUCAUUUUCCAUUCUGAAUUCUCUUUUUUUAUAUCCGUAAUAAAACCGUCAGUUACAUACAGCUAUUUGGCUUAUUGACAUUCUUUACAUAAUACCAUUAUUACUAUUAUGAAAUUAUAAAAAAUUCAACCUGUAUAUAUCAAUUCCGCACUUGACUGUUGUGUGCAUGUACUCCAUUGUUGCAAAUUUUUAAAACAUUCAAGAGUAUUUUUAGCCAAAAGCGAUUCUAAGGAAGAUCACAAGUCUGAUGAAUAAUUCCACCCCACUUGUCAAACAUGGUAGAAGACGUUCUUGUUCAAUUUUUUUCUUUGGCAUUGUAUUAAGUGCAAGCCAUGGUGUUGGGACCAAAAAUGUUGUGGUUUCGCUUAUGAUAAAAGUGAACAUUUUGUGCAAAACAUUCCAGUUAUGUACAUAAAACAUUUAAUUCUAUCUAUUUUGAAAUGUCUCGUUUUUGAUGUUAUUAAACUUGAAACUAAUUUUGAAGAACCUAUCUUUAGGCUGAAAAAUGUAUUAUCUCGUUACUAAGGAGAUUUUCUUUAAUAAGUCAAUCAGUUUUGUUUUGUCUAUAAUGUGUCAAUCAGUUUUUUGUUAUCAAGAUGCGUCUUCUCCAUGUGUGACCAAUAGCAUAGUUUGAUUUCUCUAUUCAUUCCAAACCACAGUAAUUGCAAGGUAUAUAAAAUUGAAACUGAUAUGGGCAUAAAUAUCUGAAAAAUGUUCAAAUAUGUUAUCUAUUUUUCUAAAUGUUAUCAAUGUUAGCAUUGACCGCCAAUUGUAUAAAGACUUUCACUUUUCAUUUACACAUGCUUGAUUGUGUGAGAAUGUGUGUAUGUAUGUCUGAAUGAGAAAAUUUGUUGUUGGUGAUAUCAAACUUUCUUCCCUUGCAAUUUAUUUGUAUGCUAUAUAAAAGAUAUGGUGUGUUUUUAUUUAAUUCUACAUAGUGAUGAGGAAAUACUUGUUAUGUUUGAGUAGCCUGAAAUACUCCGAAGUGAGUAUUGCCUAAUAUAGCUGGGGCAGUUUUACCCAAUUUUACAGAGAAAAAUGUUGAAAUCUUCAAUUUUUAAAUCGUAUAAAAACAGUUUACCACUAAUCUCCAUUGUAAAAAUAUGAACUGGUUGUAUUUGUGUAAUUGACUUGCUUGGUUCCACUGUAUGAAAUCACUAUUUCACUACUAGUGUCUAUCAGGAUGAAGUAAGUUGACUGUCGCAUGUCAGAUUAUGAAGGAAGACCUUAAAAGUUCACAAUUGCUUUUGUUAAAAAACACCAGUGAAAUUAAUUAUCAACAAAAGGGGAUAUAUAAACUAUGGUUUGAAGUUUCAAACAGUUGGAACUAAGUGUGUCUUUGAAACAUUGUGAAUUUUUAAAUACCAAAGUGUCUUGAAAUAUAUUAUUUACUUAUAAUAAAUUUUUCACAAGUUGAAAAUGCUGUAGAAUUAGUUGUUUUGACAUUCUAAUUACUGAAGCCUUAAACAUUUUCCCUCAAUAUAGUCAUGAUUGCAGUGUUAUCAUAUUCAUAAAGAUUAAUACUUGAAUCUGGUGUUGCUAAAUGUUUACAUCAAUUUUUAUGAGAAAACUUGCUUAAUACCUAAAUAUUUAAAACAAACUUAAUUGGUGAUUUCUAACUGGCGUACAUAUGUUAAUGGACUGGCAUUGAUACAAAAUUUGAAAUUUCAAAAUUUCAAAUUGCAUGUUACUUCAAUAUAUUGGUUGUGAACCGUGGUGAGCAUGGCCCAUGUUACAUUUUCAAGAAAUUACAGUACCUGUAGGAUUUUCAUGUGAUGUAUUUUUGUCAAAGUAAAUUUUGGGCACCAGGUAUUUUAUUUGUAACUUUGGACAUCAGUUUAUACAUGUUCUUGCCAAAUCAAUUGUGUCCUUCUUACAGUGUAAAAGUGAAUCUUGCAAUGAAUGUAAAAAUAAUUGUUUGGAUUGAGUUUUGUCUAAGCACAAAAAUGUGAGCACUCGUUUCUAUUUUGGGAUAGCAUAAAAACUUGUGUGCAAAAGACUGCUCUGUAAGGAUUUGCUUGACUUAAACAAUAUAUUGUCAUGUUCAGGCUCUGAAUUGAAAGAUCAGUGGAAACUGAAAAAUUCCUCUUAACAGAGGUUAUUGUAUUGUUAUGUUUAAUAUGAAAUAUAAUGUGACUUCUCGCUAAGUGUCUUUUAGCUUUGUGGUAAUACUGUGUACCAAGACCAUUGCCUCUCUCCUUGUAAAUGCGAAUUUCAUCUUAAUAAUGACCUGGUUCAAUUUUUUACUGCAACUUCUUUCUUGAGCAUGCUAUAUUUUGACCCCUUGCCAUUCUUAUAUGUAUAAUGUGGUUGUAAUUUGACUGUACUGAUUUUAAUUUUAAGAUUUGUAAAAAUUGUAACUAUUCUUUAAAUCUUGUAUAUUAGCUGUAUUUUACAUAUCAAAAUUGGAGCUAAAAUUAAGAAUGAUGUGAUGUUAAUUAUCUAGUCUAUUGUCAAAAAUUGUCAUCCCUUCAGAAUGUACUUUAUUCCGUAUAAAGUGAAAAUUUCACAUUAUUUAUUUUCAUAUUAAAUUGAACCAGUAAGGGAUGAUGUCUAUUUAUGGUAUACAAAUAGAUUUCCAAUGUUAAUGCAAAUUAAUUUUUUGUUCAAAACCAUUGAUUGUCCAUGGCUGACGCUUACAUUGAGAUAAAUGGAAAAUGUGUGUUGUAUUAUGUAACAGCAAAGCAGUGUCAGCCAUUUGAUGAAAGGAUUAAAGAAGGUAUCUGUGCCUGUAGUUGUUUUAUAAAAUUAUUGAUUAGGUUGUGAUAUGGACAUUUUUAUUGUCUUGUUUUGAGGGCUGAGGAUUUUUCUUUUCUUUCUAGUUUGAGGUUAAAAAAUUAAAAAGUGUACUGUUUGUGAGGAAAACUGAAAUGAUUGAUAGUACAAUUACGUAUAUUGCAAAUCAUAUGUAAUAUGAUCUCCAACUUAAAAGAAAGGAAAGAAUUGUGAUCGACUCCCGUUUCCUCAGUGACGAGAAAUUCCAACACAGUAAACGUUGAAAUACUUUGUGAACAUGAUUAGCACCUGGAUUAGUCUUACAAAAUCAUGUAAAAAUUCAUAAUGUGUGGAGCAAUUCGUAAAUAAUCGUUUUAAUUGUAUUAUUUUGUGUAAUUAAUUACUAUUCAAAAGUUAAUUGGAAGUAAGAACUUGGAAAAACAUCUUGUAAAUUCUGUACAGCUGGGUGCUAAGGUGUUCAAAAGUUUUAAUAUCUUGAAAAAAUUAAAAGACUGAGUUUUUGCCAGUAUUGCUUAUUUGUUUUCUUUUAUAAAAUGUAUGUAUAUGUAAAUUAUUUGAUGACAUAAAAUCAAUUGAACAUGUUAUUAAAAUUAGUAGUAUUUUUGAGAACACAAUAUGAUAGUGUUGGAAUGGAGUUUUGAGAAUUGUUUUUCCAUGCAUGCCAUUUGUGGAUAUAUUUUCUAAUUCAUGUGUCUUAUGUAAUAUAUCUACCUAGAUUUUCUCAGUCUUACUCAAUUUUACACUGCGGUUCCUGCUCUUCACUGUUCAACACUCUUUGUUUCUAUAACACUAGAGUCUGUUCCAUAUCUUUUUCAAGUAUAUACAUAUAUCCUUGCUAUGUGGGACCAAAAUGUCAUAUAAUUCCAUUGUAACUAAUCUUUUUGAAAACAGCAAUUAAGUAUCACACUGUCACCAUCAAGUAAAGAAAAUGUAUUCAGAGAUAAACGGUUUUAAAAUGUGUACAAUGCAUAUUAUCAAUUAAAGUUGUUAAAUGAAAUGUUUGCCUGCUUAAUACCAAUACACAUGAUUGUAUACAUCAUUCCAGUUUUUUGACAAUAUGUAACAAUAGCAAGUCAGAUAAAAAAGCCUUUUUGAUGUUUUUCUCUUCUCCAAAACAGCCUAUCCAAUUUUGUUGGAUCAAGGCUUCCCCAAGAUUAUAUAAUCAAAAUCACUGUUGAUUCCAGAAUAACAUAUGCGUAUCAGUAAAAGAACCAAAGGUUGGUUAACAAAAUAGAGAAUGCUGUUUUAAAAAUAUUUAUGCCUUGUUGAGUGGAAGAACAAGAAAUUAUGAAAUUAUUCACAUAAUGUCAGUGUCCUGCGUUCGAUGGAUUUUAAAAUGAAAAUACGAUAAGCUGCCAUGUAUUGGUGUUGCAAAAGCUGUGUUUUGGAUCAUGCCUGUGGGAAGUGUUAUUUUCAGAGAAUAUUAAAAAUGAUUAUAUUGUAUAUUUAUAUUGUGACUUUGGAGUAAACCAGUAUUUAUUACUGUCACAUUGUGUAUUUCAUUGAUUUAU